AUGGCUAAAUUGAAGCUGUUGUGCGUAAUGUGGUGCGUUUUCUUCGGAUGGUGCUCUGCUGCACCGAGCGAACGGACGGCGUUGCCAGCUGCGGACCAACAAACUGCCAAUAUAUCUGAUCACCAGGGACACCAAAAUGACACUCUGCAGGAGGAACUGGACAGCCAGGAAAAUAUUCUUACCAAGCUGCUGGGUGAUUAUGACAAAGUGAAAGCACUCUCAGAAGGCUCUGACUGUCGGUGUAAAUGUGUUGUCAGACCCCUGAGCAGGAGCGCCUGCCGGCGGAUCGAAGAGGGGAGCGCCACGUCGCAGGACUUCUACACCGUGGAGACUAUCACAUCUGGAUCCAACUGCAAGUGCGCGUGCAUCGCCCCGCCGUCGGCGGUAAACCCAUGCGAGGGGGACUUCCGACUGAAGAAACUUAGAGAGGCUGGGAAAGAUAAAGUAAAGCUCUCCACGAUCAUUGAAUUGUUGGAAGGGUCUUUCUAUGGCAUGGAUCUGCUGAAGCUACACUCCGUCACUUCUAAACUUCUGGAUCGCGUGGAAAAUAUUGAGAAAACCGUCUCAAAGGAGCAAUUCCAGGAUGAGACCGGACCGCAGGCAUCUCCCCCCGCCCGGCUGCAGAUGACGGAUAGUCCAGCCGUGCCCUCGCUCCCACCGAGGAAGAAUCUCAGUGAGCUGAGUGACAGGGCAGCGGCCUAUCAGAACAAAGAGGAAAAAUAUGAGGAGAUGUUUGUUGGGAGUCUUGGAUCCUCCAGGGACUUCAGUGAAGGUCCCAAGCCCACCACGGGGGUGUCCCCGCAGGCGAGCGUCCAGGACAGAGCCAGGCUGGACCCGCAGGGGGGUGUAAAGACAGGCCCCAAUGGGAUGACCAUCAGGGGUGUGACCUACUACAAGUCUGACCACAUGGUGGCUGACGACGGGGAACCAGGGGAGAACUAUUUCGAGUAUGAUGGAUUCAGUGGUGACGGCCCGGUCAAUCUCUUCAUCGAAGAGCAACUCCUUCAACACAGAUCCACUCCCUCCAGGGCCAGAGAGAGGGCGGGUCCAAGAGCAGCUAAGCCAAAGGCGAUAGGGCCAAAGGGAGAUGCCAGAAAGACCAGCCAAUCAACACAGCCCAUUCCAGCACAACCUGCCACCACCAACCCUGCUGUCACAACCCCCUCUAAGCGUGCCGUUCCGGAACGCGAAACCACUGUGCCCACAUAUGGAUUCACCGUUGCAGGAACCCAAACCAAGAACACAAACAUCCACCCCAAAACGGGUCGGACUAGUGGUCAGUCUGUUUCCAGAGCAACUAAGUGGCCAAUCCCUAUGAUGGUCAGGCCAGCCAAAACUCCUGCCAGGCAGAUCAUUGACAGACCUCUUACAACAGUGACAACCUUGGCCACCCUGGUCCCUGGAAUCACCCAAGAAUCACCUGGAAACAUAGAAGUGAACCAAACAGCUAGUAUUCCUAGCACCCCAGGACCGACCCCAACUACAGCAAGUGCUACCACAUUCGGUCAUACAACACAGGCAACCACCACCUCUGCUCCUGUGACCCCCAUAACGACCCCGUUCACAGAGCCGGUUACAACAACUGCUGCCCCAGCUCCCACCACCUCUGUCGUGACCAUGUCGCCUUCGACACAAAAACUGCCCCCCACCACCCCUUCCUCCUCUGCCCCUCCACCGCCCACCACCACCACCAGUCAGACAGCGUCAGUCAAACGCAAGUACAGCAUCAGCUGGGACGAGGAGGAUGUGGAGGUUCCACAAGAACCAGUGGAACCAGGGCAGAACCAUGAAGAGAGACCUACCAGGAAGCCUGGUGAAUGUAAGGACACUUUGGCCAUAAUCUCAGAGCCAGUCACUCACAACAAUUAUGGCCGGAACGAAGGAGCGUGGAUGAAAGAUCCCCUGGGAAACGACGACAGGAUCUAUGUCACUAACUACUACUAUGGAAACAACCUGCUGGAGUUCCGCAAUAUGGAUGUCUUCAAACAAGGCCGUUUCACCAAUUCCUACAAGCUUCCUUAUAACUGGAUUGGCACCGGUCACGUCGUCUACGAUGGAGCCUUCUACUACAACCGCGCCUUUUCCCGCGACAUCAUCAAGUUCGACCUGCGUCUGCGCUACGUGGCGGCCUGGACCAUGCUGCACGAUGCCGUCUUCGAGGAGACGGAGUCGCCAUGGCAAUGGCGCGGUCACUCCGACAUCGAUUUCGCGGUGGACGAGAGCGGGCUGUGGGUCAUCUACCCAGCGCUGGACGACGACGGCUUCCUACAGGAAGUGAUCGUUCUGACCCGGAUGAACCCCUCGGACCUGAGCGUGCAGAGAGAGACCACGUGGAGAACCGGACUGAGGAGGAACCGCUACGGGAACUGUUUCAUCGUGUGCGGCGUUCUGUACGCCGUCGACAGCUACAACCGCAAGGACGCCAACCUGUCGUAUGCCUUCGACACGCACACAAACACUCAGAUGAUUCCCAGAAUGCCGUUCACCAACAACUACACGUAUACCACACAGGUGGACUACAACCCGAAAGAGGGUAUGCUGUACGCCUGGGACAAUGGACAUCAGGUCACGUAUGAUGUGAAGUUUGCCUAUGCAGACACACUGCAAGAGGGAGGUUAGGAUAGCCUACCAUUCUUUAAAAAAAUAGUUGACGCAAAAUAUUGCAUUUGCUAAAAUGGAUUGUAGAUCAGUCCAUAAGGCCAUUCUUAGAAGUAUUUUUUUAAAAAUGUUUGGUAAACGAUCAGGAGACGUAACCUGGUAAAUUGAAAAAGUUAUAAAGUUAGGUGAAACCCAUGCAGCAUAUGUUGUACUGUAAAUACUGUAAUAUAGAAAUCACGGUGAGAUACAUGAAUGUAGAGACAUCCAAUUAAGAUCCCUCUAAAGACUUGGGUUUCAAAGCUAUGAAUCCAUCAUUCCAUUUAUUCUGUUAUAUCAAUGCUAGUUUCCAUAAAGUUGUUUCCAUAAAAGCUUGUUUACAAGUAAAAAAUAUUUGGUUUUAUACAUACCUUUACCCUUUACUUGUUAUAUACCCGUUGUCUUUAAAUCUGUGUACAUAGAAACCUGCUAUGUAGUAACAUCAAGGAUAGUUGACCUUUGUCUUGUGACAGUACUUACUCCCUCCAUAUCGCAUUUUACUGUUUUGAAGAGACUGCAAUUAAAAGGUUAAAAACUAA